AUGGAAUGCUCUCUUCAGCAUUCCUUUCACAAGCUUUCUGAAAGAAUUACAGGGGUUGACUGUACAAGUAAGUUAUUCAUGUCCCUCAUUUAUGGUCUGUAUACAGGGAUGCAUAUAGAUUUUGGAGCAGUUCUAUGGGCUCAAGUGAUUCAAAGAACUAUCUCAACCUCUCAAUACAUUGAGAUCUCUUGUGCAAGGUUCUGGUCCCUAAUUGUUUGUAGGGCUAUCGAGAAACAUAACAUCCCAACAAUGCAAGAUGCCCUCUCUUUCUCCGUUUCUACCUUUCACACAACAGGGAUAAUUGUAGCGAAUACCUCAAAAUUCUCAUUCAUUGGAUCUAUUCCUGAAGUCAUGUUUUGGGAAGUUCCUGCAUCUACCAUUAUUCUAGACAGGUUUCAUAAACUUACACCUUCUGGGUUUAGGCCUCUCACACCUGAAAUGAAAGAAACCCUUGAUGCUGCUGAUAAACUGAAGAAGGGUGGUAAGGGAUCAAAUAAAGGAGUUAAGAAGCGAAGGAAACAACCGUCUCACAAACGCAAAACUCCUACACCAUCACCGAUAGAAGCGUUAGAUUCUGAAACGGAGUCAGAUAUUCGAAUUGAUGACAAUCAACCAAUUCGCAACGAGGAAGAAGAGCCUGCUUGUACUCGAGUUUCAACUGUGAACCCUGAACCCUUUGUUCACACUACAGAAGAUAUUACAAACCCAGAGGUAAAUCAAUCUGUUCCUUAUCCUCAUCCGUCUCCAAAAACAACCACAACCCCUAAUACAAUUUCUCCAUGUGCCUCUCCUGUUACUGUUGGAUUAAUGUCUAAGUCCAUAACUAUAGUUGUUACUUCAUCUCAACUUACUACUAUUCCUUGUUCCACACCAAUAUUAUCUGCUUCAACCGCACCACCUAUCAUUUCCACGAACCCUGAAGCCACGAUCAACGUAUUUGAUACGAGGGCCACAACUUCGUUCUUCUCUACCUUUGUUUCUUCUUCCAUCUGUUUGAUUCGCAAUGAUGAUCCAGAUAUGAUCUUUAGAGAUGAGGACGCUGAUGAUGAUCUUGCUGGAUUCACUUAUAGUCCAUUUCAGAUCAGGACUGAAAGUGAAGAUGAAGCCACUGUUUCCAAAGCGCAACUUAAGGCAAUUCAUGAGAAACUUGAUCAACUGGUUUUAGCCUCUAAGGCUUCUUCCUCUGACGCCUAA